GUAACCAACAAUCAAAAUCACAGUCCCAAACCCCCAACCUUCCUUCUCUCUCGAUCCAGUGGUUUUUCUAGGGUUUAACCCCAACCCAAAAGCUUCAAUCUUUCCCUCUUCUUCACUUCCCUUUCACCUUCCCUCUUUCUCAAUUCGGACCCAAUUCGCUGCUUCGCGGACUACGGUGGUCUCUCCGAGCUCAGCUUCUACUCUCCAAUUGCAUCCCCUCAGAUCCCAACACCCCAGCUUCUCCGGUUGUAAGCAGAUGGAGUGUUGUGGGUGAAUAAUGUGGUUGUUUGGUGGUUUUCGGAGGCAAUGUUGUAUUGAAUGUAUGGUGUUGCGUGAUAUGAGGGGUUGAAUAUGAGCGAUGGAGGUGGGGAGAGUGCAAGAGAGCAUGAGCAAUCCAAUAGAAUCACACUGAGAAAACCGAGCUGCGGCGAUGACUUUGCGCGAGCUGUUUCCAAGAUUGCUGUAGCGCAGGUGUGCGAGGUUGUGGGGUACCAGAGUUUCCAGUUGUCUGCGCUUGAGACACUGUCGGAUGUUGCUGUUCAGUACAUUCGUAACGUUGGGAAGACGGCACAUUUGUAUGCAAAUUUGUCUGGGAGGACGGAUUGUAAUGUGUUUGAUAUCAUUCAAGGGUUGGAAGAUUUGAGCGCGGCUCAGGGGUUUGCAGGCGCUUCGGAUAUUAAUCAUUGUCUUGCAAGUUCGGGGACGAUAAAGGAGAUUUCUCAGUAUGUUGCUGAAGCCGAGCAUGUUCCAUUUGCCUACACUAUUCCUCGGUUCCCAGUUGUUAAGGACAGGAAGCUGACUCCGAGUUUUUGGCAAAGCGGGGAAGAGACUCCUGGAGAGCAUAUACCUACUUGGUUGCCUGCAUUUCCUGAACCACAUACUUAUUCCCGAUCAACAACAUGCAAUGAGGGAGCCACAGAGCCUGACAGUGCAUUGGUUGAGCAGGAAAAACAACAAAGAAAUGUAGAGCGGGCCAUGCUGAAUUUUCAUCAUAGGCUAGUAUGUAAUGGGAUGGAAGGACCCUCUCUUGACCCUGGGGAUGGUGUAAACGCGAAACAAGCAAGAGAAAGCAACCCUUUUCUUGCUACACCUCUGCAAUUUGGGGAGACAGAAGUAUCUCAGGUUACUCUUCCAGCUAAACUGUCAAUUGAGGCAACAGAGGAAACUCUUAAGGCUGAGAACCAUGCCAAGGAUAAAUGUUCUUCAGUGCUGGAGACCUUUGCCCCAGCCAUUGAAGCAAUCAAGAACAAGCCGUUUGAAGUAGAGGAGGAUCAAAAGACUCUUUUGAGCAGGAAACCCACUGUGCAAUUUAAGAUUGGGAUGUCAAAGAAGUCUUUGGGUACUAUGUUAUAUUCAGGGCCACAUAAGAAGGGUUUUGAGGAAGUGUAUCCCUGGUUUGGGAGAGAAAAUGAAAAGGAUGAAAAGAAAAGGAGGGCUGAAAAAAUACUCAAGAACUCCAUGGAAAACUCACAGGAGCUUGCUCAGUUGUAAACUAGAUUGUUCUUUACUGAAAAUUGUACACUUGUUUAGGAGACUGGUAGUGGAAGCUGGUUCACAUAGUGUUGUCUGCAUAUGAACACUAUAGAAUGGAUAUUACAAAGUUCUGGAGG